GAAUAUAACCUAUCAUCAAGGCUUCAUUGUUAAAUCAACUUUCCUUUAGCAGAAGAAUUUACUGAUCUUCAGCAGUGUACAUUGCAAAGUCAUUUCAAAGAAUAGACAAUAUAGAAAAGAAAAGCAGAAAUUUUGAGAGAUUUUGUAAUAAAUUUCUUCCUCCACUUCUUAUUACCACAAAACUGCACAUCGUCUUUCUCAUCGUUCAUUUUAAAUACUGUUUCGUUUCUCCUUCAUGUUCUCAGCUUCUCCAAUCCAACGAUAAUGUAGUUCCCGGUUACUCUGCUGCUCAUCUCUCUAUGGGAAAGUUAAAGGAGCUGCAGGAACAUCUGAGAAGGACUGUUCCUAUUUCAGUUCCUCCUUCACCUUCAGCUUCUCCAGUCCAACAACAAUGAAGUUCCUACUGACACUGGUGCUCGUCUCUGCACUUUUCUCUGGAGUGCUGUCGCUGAUGUGUCUUAACUGCGUUAGUGGUCAAUGUAGUGAGAUUAACUGUCCAGACCAGUGUGCCAGUCUAACUGCGUUUGUAAUGAACAAUGGCAACAAUAGAACCGCUGUUGUUAAGACUUGUGCAGUACCGGGCAUUUGUUCACCUAUGACUGCAAACCUGGGAGAAACAGUAAUAACCAGCAAUGCCAUGUGCUGCAACACUACAUUAUGCAACAAUGAAACACUGCCAGUUCUUCCGCUUCCUUUGCCCAACGGGAGGAUCUGUUACACCUGUAUCAAAAAUGACUGCACACAAACAGUGGACUGUGGAGGAAAUGAAGACAGGUGCAUUUCUGCUUCAGGUACUGUAUUAGGCACUACAGUGACCGUGAAAGGAUGUGUAAAUAAAUCUUCCUGCAAUGAUUCUCAAUCAGUAAUCUCAGUGGGAAAUAGCAGUGUAAGUGUUCAGUGUUGUGAUGGGAACCUGUGUAACAGUGCUGAGAUCUUCACCACGAGUUUCCUCCUCAUGAUCAUCUCUCUACACUCCUCCUUGUUCUUCUCCUGAACUCUGCUGAUCGAGUAGCUCACUAAAAACAGCAUGCAGAAGACAGAUCAUUUUUAUUUCAUUUAAACUUCAUCUCUGCUGUAUUGCAUUAUCACAUAUAACGUAUUUGUCAUAUGUAAAUUACUGAGCUUUUCAUUGUCUGUAGUCUCUUUAUAUCACUUUAGAGUUGGAUAUUGAUCGUAUUAUCCCACUUGUGAAUCUGCAAGAAAUAAACUGAUACAUAUUCAUUUUGA